AUGGAAGGACUUUCGAUCGCGGCGAACGGCCUCGCUGUCAUAUCUGUAGCUUUCCAACUUACCGAAGCCUGCAUCAAACUUUACACGUUUUGGGAGACAGUCGAAGAUGCUCCUCGGGAGAUCAUUGCCAUCAAGGAAGAUCUACGCUUCCUCAUCUCAGUCUUCCAGAAAGUCGAAUCCCAUGGCAACAGUCUUGGUGGUUGUCUAGCAGAAGGUGUACAACACUGCCGAGCCAAGAUUGCACUUUCAAAGCUGCGCUUCACAGCAAACAUAUCCAACGGUUCCGUGACUCUUUGA